AUGGCAGGGUGAGCAAUCAUGGUCCUUCUACCUGUCCAUCUCCUGCUUUCCCUGUAGAUGAGCCCUGAAUCCCUGCAGCGGGGAAAUCUCAGCAGCCCCACCUUGGGGUUUUCCAGGGCCUACAGAGCACGGGUGACCCUUUGCCUGUGCUUCUCACUCAUUUACCUGGUGACAGUGCUGGGGAACCUGCUCAUCGUAACCCUCAUCUGGCUGGAUGCCCACCUGCACUCCCCCAUGUAUUUCUUCCUGGGCCACCUCUCCUUCAUGGACAUCUGCUACUCCUCUGUAAUGCUCCCCAAGAUCCUCGGAGACUCCUUCUCACUGCAGAAGACCAUCUCCUUUGCAGGCUGCAUCAUGCAGAUCUACUUCUUCCUUUGCUUUGGGGGCUCCGAGUGCAUGCUUCUGGCUGCCAUGGCCUAUGAUCAGUACCUGGCCAUCUGCCACCCCCUCCACUACUCAGUGCUCAUGAGCAAGAGGAGGUGCCACUGCUUAGUGGCCAUUUCAUGGUGGAGUGGGUCCUUCUCAUCUCUGAUUCAGGCCUUGCUCACAGCCCGCUUGCCCUUCUGCGGAUCCAACAUGAUCGACCACUUGUUCUGCGAGAUGCCCUUCUUGCUGAAGGCAUCCUGCAGUCCUAAUGCUCCUCUCGACAAGGUUGCCUUGUAUGCUUUGGCUGGGACUAUCGCAAUGGGCUUUUUCCUCCUUACUGUCAUGUCGUACGUUCACAUCAUCAGGGCUGUCCUCCAGAAGGGAGCAGGGAUGCGGAGGGCCUUUGCCACCUGCACCUCCCACCUGACUGUGGUGUCCCUGUUCUUCGGUGCUGGGGCUGUUGCAUAUCUGGUGCCUCACUCCAGUGGCUCCAAGGAGAUGGAUGAGGUCAUCGGCCUUCUGUACGCCGUUGUGACCCCCAUGCUCAACCCCGUCAUCUACAGCUUGAGAAACAGCGAGGUCAAAGGGGCCAUCAGGAGAGCCCUGCGCAGGGAGGUGUUACAGAUGUCCACCAAGGGUGCAGGCAUCGCCGCUGAGCCACCCCUGCCCUCCCAAGGGCAGGAAUGCCACUCUCAGUGA